AUGGCUUUCCUGAUGUUCUGGGAUCUACUUGGCGAUAAGGGAUAUGCAUGUCGACCAUUCCUCAUGACACCAUUCAGGAAUCCAGACGGCCUCGCUGAGAAUGCCUACAACAGAUCUCACAAAAGAACACGAUCUGUUGUUGAACGAAUGUUCGGUAUAUGGAAGCGAAAAUUUCCUUGUUUGAAGGAGGGAAUACUGGUAAAGCUCGACACAUCCAUGGCUGUCAUAACUGCAACUGCCAUCUUGCAUAACAUUGCUAUAGAUCUGAAAGAGCCCGAUUUCGGUGUAGAGCGAGUUGUAGAGGAUGACGGCGCUAUGAUCAGACAUGUCGGAGAUGAAGAGAUGGGUGUAGUGGUGAGGCAGAGAAUAGUUCAACAGUGGUUUCUAUGA